GCGGGCCUUCCGGGACAGGGGCGCGUGGGGGAGGCAGGUCAGGACCAGUYCUAACAGGUCCAAUCCCAACCAGUCUGCAUCCACAUAAUGCAGCAAGAGUUGGGAGAGAAGUGAAUGGAAAAGGAAAAAGGAAGAGCAAGGCUUGUAGGAGAUGUUCAGACUGAGGGCUGGGGAAACCUUGGAUCCAGCAGUUCUCUCCUUGCUGGCCUUCAGGUGGCACUAUUGACCCAAGAUUGCUUGGCUGGUGUUCAAAAUGGGAGUCUCCUAGCUGCUCAAGAAAUGUCUUCRCUUUCAGAAUAUGCUUUGCGCAUGACUCGUCUGAGUGCUCGGCUCUUUGGUGAAGUUGCCAGGCCAACUGAUACCAAAUCCAUGAAAGUAGUGAAACUAUUCAGUGAGCAGCCACUGGCCAAGAGGAAGGAGACUUACGACUGGUAUCCAAAUCACAACACAUAUUUUGGUCUCAUGGGCACACUGCGUUUUCUUGGCCUCUACAGAGAUGAGCAUCAGGAUUUUAAGGAUGAGCAAAAGCGUCUAAAGAAGCUUCGUGGAAARGGGAAGCCAAAGAAAGGAGAAGGGAAAAGAGCAGCAAAAAAGAAGUAGUGUUGGCCCAUCAAGAGAGAAUUUCUUCCUCAAUGAUUAUGAGAAGAAAGUACCAUCUUUCCAUGUAUUAGAGGAAUGUACUCUGCCUCAGUGAAGGUUACUUGGAGAGACACAAUCCUCCCUGUAUUGAAGUCUAAUUCAAUUAAAUGGUGACUGGUAGCCAGGUGUGGUGUAGCAUACCUGUAAUCCCCGUAAUUUGGGAGGCUGAGACAAAAGGAUUGCAAGUUCCAGG